GAUAAGAUUAACUUUUGUUACCAUCCUCCAAUCAUGCGAUUCAAGUUCUAUAACUCCUCUCAUCCCUUGUAAAAGCCAUUCUCUAAUGAUUUCCAAUCUAUCUGAAGGCAUGGUGAAUGUUUCUGGUGCGAAGCGGAAGUGUAUGCCUCCGACCCUGGAAAGCGGGCCUCGGUCCCGCAAUUUAUCAGACGAAGAAGAGAAGGAGCUUCUGGAGGGGUUGCUACAUCCGCUAACCAAAGUUACUGAUGAAGAUAAAAAAAUGUACAUGUCACUUCUACGGCCAAAGGUUCAAGAGAAACCACCUGUAUUGCAGAAGAAGCCUAAGCAUAACUGUGGAGUUCAAAUACACACUUUCCCCAAUUUAGUUUAUAUGCCAGUUCUUGAUCAAGGGCCAACUGCUGAACCUACAUACCUCAAAAACAGAAGAGAGCAAAAUGACCCAAACCCUUGGGAGAAGACAAGCGGGCUCACUCAAAAAGAACUACAACGCAGGAACCUGCACUUGCGAUGGGCAUUGGCUCCUCUUGCUCGCUUCAACCGGAGACAUUCUACACAUUAUAAGCUUGUGGAAGUCAUUAACUGCAAUGCGUUUCUACUUCCUGGAUGCAAGACAUGGAUUCAUUGUGCUUUCAAAGCUGCAACCGAAACUUCUUCUGUGCCAGAACUCUUUUUUGCUGAAUUUUACCAAUACGAGCUUCAAAAGUAUCACUUCCUGAGUGUUACUCGAAUUACCAAUCGUAUCAAGACUACAUGUGAUGACUGCCGAUAUUGCAAGGGGAAAGGGAUUCCUCAUACUGUCAACAAAUUCAUCGAAGGGCAGAUCCACUAUGAGGGACCCAUUUUACGUAGAAGGAGGCGGCUUACUUAAAAUGUUACCAUUCUCUCGUUCAUCAUGUCUGCUGAACCAAUGGAUGCCAGUGUUAAUUACUAUGUUUGUUUUUUGUUACUAAAAAAAAUUGUGCAUCCUCAUUGCUGAAUGUAUUUAUUACUACAAAUGUUGACUUUGAAUAUCCAUCUUACUGAUGGGAUUAACCAUUAUAUAUUGUACUCCGUAUCUUUUUGGACUUUUAUC